UUUAUUAUUGACGUAAGUCAUUCUGUUGUAGUGUAGUAUAACACUAUACAAUAUAUUAUAUUAUACAGUUGUUUCGUUGUAAAAUUAACAAGUUGUUAAUUAUUUAUGUUUUAAGUGAUUAUUAUUGAAACUUAUAAACUUAAAAAAUAAACAGUACCUAUUCUAUUAAUCUAUUACACUAUAAAAUACCAAAGAAAAAUGAUGGAUGACAGUACUGAAGAGAACUUUUUAGAUGAUUUUCAUAACACAGACCUGAUGAAAAAAUUGGAUGAUGUAAAACAAAUAAUCAAUGAUUCAAACUACGAAGGAAGUAAAGAACCCUCCAUACAUACAUUAUUGCAGGAUUGCAUUGAAAUACUGAACACUGAGAAAAAUUCCAUGGAAUGUAUUGACGGAGGGUCUUGUACAUCAAGCAGUAUAGUUACUGAUCUCUUAUCAUAUGAAAAAGACAUAAUUGCUUUGUUUAAACAUUGUUCAGAAAGCAAUUUGAUCUAUGGCAAUUUAAUUAUGAAUAUAAAGCAAUUACUUACCGAAUUAUUCAAAAAGGCAUCUGAAAUACAGAUAUUAUUUUUUAGUAUCGUAGAAAAAGUGGAAUUUGAUUUUACGCUGAAAAAAGACUUAAGCUUAUUGCUUAGAGUAUUGCAGUAUAUUUGGUAUGGUGCUAAAGCAGUAUAUAAUGCAAGCUACAAAAUUAUGGCUUCUCAUUGGAAAGCAUAUAUCACCAUUUCAAAGAAAUAUGCUGCGGAGUUAAAAGAUUAUAUUAUAAAUGAUGAACCAAUUGAUUUUCUGUGCUCAGAAAUUAAGAAAACAAUUUUAUCUUUCCAGUUCAAUGAUGAAUCUUCUUUAAAGUUAUCAACAUAUAUGAUGAGUGUUUUAGUUAAGCUUUGUUCAUAUGGCCGUAUAUCAAAAUCUCAUAACGUAGUAUUAGAGUUUAUUUUAUUCUUAAACAGCUACUGGUUAUCUGAUACACAAGAUGCUGUUGCUGUCAAAGAUAGAUUAUCACAAUUUGUUGAUCAGUUAGUGUUGUUAUCAGAUGAUACAUUUGUCAAGACCUUUCAGUCUAGCUCUCAAGAAAUAAUUAAUAACAACUCUUCAAGUCAAAAGAUGUCAGCAAUGUACAUUGCAAUGCUGCUCAUAAAACGUUUGACGAAAACUCCAUGUGACCAACAAGCUCAUCAGAUUAUAUGCAUUGUUUUUGAUUUGAUUAAAUCUAUAGAUUCUGUAAUGUGUUGUUACAAUGUAGAUAUCUACGAAGAUUUACUCAUUAAUGUAGCAUCCGUAAUUCUGAUAUCAGAUUAUAAUUUAUUUGAAAAUGUUGAAAAUAUUUUAAUUGAAAAUAUUCUAAAUACUGAGUAUUGGCCAGCCUUAUUUAGUAGUGAUUUAUGGAUAAUAAUUAUGAGAUAUUUGUCUCCAGAUUUAUGUAUCUUACAAUUUUCAAAAUUAGCUAAACUUUAUGAAGCAUUAGUUGUUUUUCCAUGUUUUACACAAUGUCCACAGCACAUUUAUAUUGAAAUGUUAUUGAAAAGACAUUUCUCUUUAGUAACUAAUAAAAAACAAUUAGUAAAUUGUUGUCCUCAACUAAAAUUACAAAGUCUGAAAUCUUCUAUUGGAAUACUUCAUGUUUCAACACUUUCAAAAUAUAAUCAAUUGUCAGAAAUGAUAAAAAUCAUAAGUAUAUUACCAGAACAAACAAAUUAUGAACACUUAAAUGAGGAAAUAAUACAUUUAUGGAAUUCUAUUAAAGAUGAAUAUCCACCAGAAUAUCUAAGUGCAUUAGUUGAAGUCAGUAUUGGUUCUGAAAAAUUACUAAAAACAAUCAUUCCAAAGACUACUAAAAUAUUGAGUAGCUGUACUUAUGAUGAUAAUACAGAAAUGAAGAGAUGCAGACUACGUUUGAUCCGAUCAAUAUUAUUACACAUGCCACGGUUUCAAGAAAAAUUGAUAAUGGAUAUCUUUCUUCAAUACUUAUUUGAUCAUCAUCCAUUAGUACAACAAUGGACCAUUGAAACUAUAGUAUAUUUUUCUAGCGUUACUGAAGGUCAAAGUAACUUAAUUUCUAUGCUUUUUAAACAAUCUGAAGUUAGAACUAUUAUAAAAGAUUAUUUGGAAAUGAAAAUCAAUCAUACUUAUACUCAUAAUGAUUUUAUUCAAUAUUUCGAACAAUUGUCUUUAUGUGGGAAAUUUCAACACAUGUGUACAUUUAAUGGCAAAUUAGAUAAAGUAUUGGAUACAUUAAAAACAGAUAUUGAUUGUUUGAAUGAUAUUGUGUGCAAAACUCAAAUAACAGCAGAUGAGUUGGAAAGAUUAAAAGAGUAUUCAUCUCUUUUAAAUAAUAUUUGUGAAGCAAUGAAAUUUAACAUUAAAGAUUUGUAAUGUAUUGAGUCAAAUGUUUAACUUAAAUCAGUACAUAGACUAAUGUUUUGAUUAUAUAAUGUAGAUAUUGUAAUAUUAUUCAUUUGUUAUUAUUCAUAAAAUAUUUUACAUAAUAAUGUUUUUAUGAAUGUACACAUUUGUAAAAAUAAAAAUAAAAUAUCUAUUGAAAAAAUAUAUAAAUAUAUAUUUUGUGAUACUUAAUAUUUUCUAAUAAACUAUAAAUUCAUAAAUUAAAAUUUUCCGUAAGCUCCCCAACAAAAUUAAAAUUAAAACAAAGUAAUUGUUAAUUUAAUGUAAAUACUAAAUGAUAAAAAUAUUGUAUGUAGAACCAGAAUUCAUCAAAUGAUAAAAAAUUAGGAUCAACAAUAAAUUGUAAAUUAAAUUAGUAAAUGUAUAAUUAUAAUAUAAAUAUAUAAAUUAGAUAAUACAAUAAUAUCAUAACUAGAUGGUUUUGUCUGAUGAGUAUGCUCGAGGUAUUGAGAUAUAAAAUAUGUUUUCUUAGAUUAAGAAAAUUUUACAAUGAAAAUGUUUCAUAUUAAAUGAUAUAAUAAUUGGUAUACAUUUUAUCCUGAAACUAAUGGUAAUAAUUUCAAAUGUUUCAAAUGUGUGAGAAGAAAAUUUAAUGAUUUUUAACAAUUCAAAAUGAAAAUUGAGUAUACUCGUUAAGAUAUAAAAAAAAAUUUUUAAAUUUAGAUUUAGAAAAUUUUAAGGUUAUUUUAAUUUUACCAAAAUCUUAUAGGAACAUAUUAUUACAUAUAAAGUAAUAUUGUAUAAUGGAAGAGCUAUUUUACGGGUUUUUUAACAAAAAAUAAAAUAAUAUUUUGUUGAUCAUAUCAUAUGUCCUCUUUUUCGCUGUGUAGUUUCCUUGAUUUAUCGAUUUGUUGAUUUGUGUUGCUUGAUAGGUUGUUUCCUCGAUUUUUGCAUUGCAGCUGUUUGUGUCGUCUUGUUUGGUUUGUCU